AUGGCCGCGGGGCCCCCCGGCAGCCUCCUGCUGCUGCUCUCGCUGCUCUGCCUGCGCGGCCGCGGGCAGAGCUUCGGGCAGACGCGCUUCGUCUGCACCUCGGUGCCGCUGGACGGGGACGUGUGCGCCGCCUCCGCCGGCGGCCCCGGCUCCGCCGAGGAGCUGAAGGGCACGGUGCUGCAGCUGCGGGAGACGGUGCUGCAGCAGAAGGAGACCAUCAUGAACCAGAAGGAGACGAUCCGCGAGCUGACGGCCAAGCUGGGCCGGUGCGAGAGCCAGAGCGCGCAGGAGGCGCUGCCCGGCGAGCCCAGGGCCGGCGCGGCGGGCAGGAAGGGCGGCUUCGCCAAGAACACCAUGGGCGACCUGUCGCGGGCGCCCGCGGCCGAGACCCUCAGCCAGCUGGGGCAGACGCUGCAGUCCCUGAAGACGCGGCUGGAGAACCUCGAGCAGUUCAGCAGGAUGAACUCCUCCAGCCAGACCAACAACCUGAAGGACAUCCUGCAGAACAAAAUCGACGACCUGGAGAAGCAGGUGCUGUCCCGGGUGAACAGCCUGGAGGAGGGGAAGCUCAGCCCGAGGAACGAGUCCGAGGAGCGCGGCAAGAUCGAGAGCACCCUCACGUCGCUGCACCAGCGCAUCAGCGACCUGGAGAAAGGCCAGAAGGACAACCGGCCCCCGGACAGGUUCCAGCUCACCUUCCCGCUGCGCACCAACUACAUGUACGCCAAGGUGAAGAAGAGCCUGCCCGAGAUGUACGCCUUCAGCGUCUGCAUGUGGAUGAAGUCCAACGCCUCCCCCGGCAUGGGCACCCCCUUCUCCUACGCCGUGCCCGGGCAGGCUAACGAGCUGGUGCUCAUCGAGUGGGGCAACAACCCCAUGGAGAUCCUCAUCAACGACAAGGUGGCCAAGCUGCCCUUCGUCAUCAACGACGGCAAGUGGCACCACAUCUGCGUCACCUGGACCACACGGGACGGCGUGUGGGAAGCCUACCAGGACGGCACGCAGACUGGCAGCGGCGAGAACCUGGCGCCCUACCACCCCAUCAAGCCCCAGGGGGUCCUGGUCCUGGGCCAGGAGCAGGACACGCUGGGCGGCGGGUUCGACGCCACGCAGGCCUUCGUGGGGGAGCUGGCCCACUUCAACGUGUGGGACAGGAAGCUGAGCCCGGGGGAGGUGUACAGCCUGGCCACCUGCAGCACCAAGGCGCUCUCGGGCAACGUCAUCGCCUGGGCCGAGGCCAACAUCGACAUCUACGGCGGGGCCACCAAAUGGACUUUCGAGGCCUGUCGCCAGCUCAACUAG